AUGCUGCAGUGUCCCCUCGGGACUUUUAAUUCCGAAUAUGGAAAAGGGACUCUUCAAGACUGUCUCCCUUGCCCGGUAGGCCAGCAGCAGCAGCAGCAGCAGCAGCAGCAGCAGCAGCAGCAGCAGCAGCAGCAGCAGCAGCAGCGGCAGCGGCAGCGGCAGCGGCGGGAGCAGCGGGAGCGAACGGCAGCAGCAGCAGCAGCAGUAGCAGCAAACAGUAGCAGCACCAGCAAAAGCGGGCGCCGUGGGGGCCGCGCGCGGCGCCGCGAGCUGCGUCGCAUGCACGGGGUCUACGUACACCCGAAGCAGCAGCAGCAGCAGCAGCAGCAGCAGCAGCAGCAGCAGCAGCAGCAGCAGCAGCAGCAGCGGCGGCGGCAGCAGCAGCAGCUGCCUCUGUGUUGGAGCAAACCGAACUUUCCAAAGCAGCAGCGGGGCUUGCGCAUCGACCUGUCGGAAGAAGACAGCGCAGAGCCUUGUCUGCCGAAGGUUUACCCGCGGUGCAGCAGCAGCAGCAAACGCAGCCACCUGGGGGACUGCGAAGACGCAGCAGCAGCGUGUGGGGCGAAGUGUGGGGCGUUGGGGUGUACGUACACCGCAGGGCUGGCUGCAUGCACGGGGCUGCUGCCUCCGGAAGAAGUCUGCAGCAAAAGUUGCAUGCGCAUGCGCAGCAGCUUGCUGCUGCAGGGAGACACUUUGCUGCUGCAGCAAGCAGCAAACUCUGCUGUCUCCUUUCCCCUCAAAGACAUCCAAGGAGACUCCCAAGUCCUCUACGGCUCCCUCAAAGGAGACACUUUGGGGUACUUGGAUGUCCCCUCAAGUCUUGUUGCUGCCAUAAACCUCCGCCUAAACCCUAAUUCCAAUUCCAGGGCCCUCGGGGCCUCUUGGGGGGCCCCCAGGGGCCCCCGGGGGCCCCUCAGGACCCUUUUGGGGGCCUCGAAGUCCCGUCUGGGGGCCCCCCGGGGCCCCCCGGGGGGCCCCCCGGGGGGCCCCAGGGGGGCCCCCACAGGGGCCCCCCGCGGGGGGCCCCCCAGGACCCUCGCUGCUGCUGAGACUGUACCCUUCGUGGAGGCCCCCGUGAUGUGUUUGCUGCGGGGCAGCAGCGUGCUGUGGGAGCUGGAUCGGGGAGACGAUCCCAGCGAUCCCGAUCCCCACCCCACAGAUCCCAACGAUCCCGAUCCCCACCCCACAGAUCCCAACGAUCCCGAUCCCAACGAUCCCGAUCCCGAUCCCAUCUACCCCACAUACCUGCGGCACAAGGCGGCGCUGCUGCUGCAGUCGAAGGUGCCGCUGCUGCUGCUGGGAGUCUCGCUGCAGCAAAAAGGAGUUUUUGUGUUUUCGAGCAGCAAAAAGUCUCCAAAAGUUGCUUUAAUAAAAGUUGUCGAAAAGGAGACAGAUUGUCCCCUGCAGCUAAACCUCCCUUAUCCCCAAACCCCCGAAAACCUCGCUGCGCUGCAGCUCGGCGAGCUGCUGCAGCAGCAGCAGCAGCAGCAGCAGCAGCAGCAGCAGGGGGAGCAGCAGCAGCAGGAGGGGGAGCAGCAGCAGCAGGAGGGGGAGCAGCAGAAGGAGACGCAGCAGCAGCAGCUGCAGCUGCUGCUGCAGCUCUAUGCUGCGCCUGACUAUCAGACAAUCUUCAUUGUGUUCGGCGUGCUGCUGCUGCUGCUGCUGCUGCUGCUGCUGCUGCAGCAGCAAAUAAGAGUUCGCUACUGGAUGUUCGCGCCGCCGCUGCAAGUCGACCCCACGGAAGAAGAAAAGGCUGUUGCGGGUGCCCCCGGGGUGUGCAGCUCGGCGCUGUGCUGCAGGGGCGGCGCUGCUGCUGCUGCUGCUGCUGCUGCUGCUGCUGCAGCAGCAGCAGAAGCAGCAGCAGUUGAAGACUUAGACCCUAGGGUUUUCCAAGCAGUUUAUUUGAAAGUCCUCGAAAUGGCAGCAGCAAUUAAAAGUCAAAACCAAAAAGUCCAUUUGGAAAGAGAAAAGUUAAUGGACUUUGAAAUGGACAUUGGGGGCCCCCUGAGGGCCUCCC